AUGUCGGACUGGGAGGCGAGCAGCGACGAACAUGUCGGCGCGGCGGGCCGGCCGGCGUCUGCUGCCGGGCGCCUGGGCCGGCCAGUGGCGACCCCUUCGCGGAGCCGCGCCUCGGCGGAGGGCGGCGGGGGACGGAGCGGUGCCCAGUGGCGGCAGGAGGCGGCAGUCAGCCUCGGAGAGGAGGAGCGGCCGCCUCGAGGUGCCGAAGGCUCCCGCGGCCCACCGGGGGCAGCGAGGCAGCGGCCGCCGAGGGCUGCCACCAGCCAAGCUUGGGAUGCUGUGGAGCCCCUCUGCUUCCAACUUGAUAGCGCUCUGGUCGGGGCUCUUAUAGGUCGGGGUGGAAGUAAAAUAAGAGAACUUGAGGAUUCUUCGGGUUCCAGGAUAAAGGUCAUAAAGGGAACCUGUGAAGCUGAAGUAAAGAUUUUUGGCAGCAUUGCUGUGCAAAACAAAGCCAAGAUGUUGAUUGAUGAUGCUGUUACAAAAUGUAGACAAAACUGCAUUAGAGGUGGGACUGAGAGAGGAAAAACUUCGGACAUUAUCCAGCCUGAAAAUAACCCAAAGAAACCGGUGAUUGACUGGGCUUCUCUUCGAGAAAACAGAGCUAAAUAUGAAGCUAUGAAGUGGGCAGACUUGCCUCCAAUUGAGAAAAACUUCUAUAAAGAAUUGUCCCAGACUGCAUCAAUGUCACAAGAAGAAGUGGAACUGUGGCGGAAAGAAAAUAAUAACAUAAUUUGUGAUGACUUAAAAGAAGGUGAAAAGCGCUGCAUUCCCAAUCCUGUUUGUAAAUUUGAAGAUGUAUUUGAGCAUUAUCCCGAUAUCAUGGCUAAUAUAAGAAAAGUUGGUUUUCAAAAGCCUACACCAAUUCAGUCCCAGGCAUGGCCGAUCAUACUCCAAGGAAUUGAUCUUAUUGGUAUAGCACAGACUGGUUCCGGGAAGACGUUAGCGUACUUAAUGCCUGGAUUCAUUCACUUGACUUCACAACCAAUAUCCAAAGAUCAGCGUGGGGGCCCAGGAAUGUUAGUCCUUGCUCCCACUCGAGAACUGGCACUUCAGGUAGAGGCAGAGUGUUCGAAGUACGCAUACAAAGGAAUUAAAAGUAUUUGUGUAUAUGGUGGUGGGGACCGAAAAGGACAGAUAGACGUGGUUACCAAAGGUGUGGAUAUUGUUAUUGCUACUCCUGGCAGACUGAAUGAUCUUCAGAUGAACAACUUCAUAAAUUUGAAGAGCAUAACAUACUUGGUUUUAGAUGAGGCUGACAGAAUGUUGGAUAUAGGUUUUGAACCUCAGAUAAUGAAGAUCCUAAUAGAUGUGCGGCCUGACAGACAAACUGUUAUGACAAGUGCUACUUGGCCUGAUGGUGUUCGUCGCCUAGCAAAAUCCUAUUUGAAAAAUCCUAUGAUUGUAUAUGUUGGCACUCUUGACUUAGCAGCAGUAAAUACAGUAGAACAGAGAGUUGUUGUUCUUGCUGAGGAGGAAAAGAGAGCUUUCAUGCAGUACUUCAUUGACUCUAUGAAGCCAAAAGAUAAGGUCAUCAUUUUUGUGGGAAAAAAAUUUACAACCAUUGUUUUAUUUAAUCCUAGAGCUGAUGAUUUAGCAAGCGACUUUGGUCUCCAAGGAAUUCCAGUACAGUCACUUCAUGGUAACAGGGAACAGUGUGAUCGAGAACAGGCUUUAGAUGACUUCAAGAAAGGCAAAGUCAGAAUACUGGUAGCUACUGACUUAGCAUCCCGUGGCCUUGAUGUGCAUGAUAUUACUCAUGUUUUUAACUUUGACUUCCCUCGCAAUAUUGAAGAAUAUGUUCAUAGAAUAGGUCGUACUGGAAGAGCAGGACGUACUGGGGAGGCAGUAACGCUUGUCACUAAGAAUGAUUGGAGGGUUGCAUCUGAGCUGAUUGAAAUUCUCGAAAGAGCAAACCAAGUAAGAAUACGUCUUACUGGGUAAGAUUCAUAAUGGUUCUGGGUAGUUCCUAACGAGCUUAUUGCAAUGGCAGAAAGAUACAAACAAUUUCAAAACAGAAAAGAAAUUGAAAAGGUUAUACGAAGACCUCAGAGAAAGCCCCCAAAAUAACUGUAAUCCCUUGAAGUUACUGAACCAAAGUAAGUGAUUAUAGUUAGUGUUAGCAUCUAUGGGCUUGGAUUUAGAAGUUUCUUUUGUCAGUUGAUUGUUUUCUGUACCUGUCCCAUUUACAUAAAAUGCAUUUCUAAAAGUGGCUUAGAAAACUGGAUUAAUUUCAUACAGAAAUAAAUCUAGUUUUGCACUUAGACACUAUUUUCAUUUAAGAAAAAUUGAUUUCGUUACUAUUUGUCAUGUGAUGUGCGUAAGUUCUGAAGCCAUUAUCUACUGGUUAAAAACAGAUACUGUGGGUUUGUUGUUUUUGUUUUUUUUUUUUUUUUUUAAUUAAAUGUGGUAUUAAUAUGUAAAAAUGUAAA